AUGACCAUGUCCACAGACAAAUCAACCAGACACUACAUCGAAACCAUCUCCACCCGCCCCCAGAAACCCAUCGAAAUAGUCGACUACGACCCCUCCUGGCCAGACGCCUUCGCCUCCAUCGCCCAGCGCAUCAAAUCCGCCCUCGGCGCUACAGCCCUCAGUGUCAGUCACGUCGGCUCAACCAGUAUCCCCGGCCUGCCCGCAAAAGCCGUCAUCGACGUCGACCUCGUCGUCCCAGACCCCACCGCCGAGGACGAGUACGUCCCGGCCUUGGAGGCAGCCGGGUUCCAGUUCCUCUUCCGCGAGCCGAACUGGUACGAGCAUCGCUUCUUUGGGCUGGCGGAGCCAUACGCCAAUGUGCAUGUGUUUGGGCCGGGGGCGGCGGAGUUGAGUCGCCAUCAGCGGUUUCGGGAGUGGUUGGUGUCGCAUCCGGAGGAUCGGGAGCUGUAUGUGCGGGCGAAGAGGGAGGCUGCGCGGCAGAGUCGGGAGAGCGGGGAGUCGGUGCAGGGGUAUAAUUUCAGAAAGGAGGGGGUGAUUGAGGAGAUUAUGGUGCGCGCGGGGAUCCCGUUGCCGGGGACUGAUUAG